AUGGAAGGGUCGAUAUCGAACCAUUCCGCCGAGAACCACGCGGUCGUGGACAGAGUUGAGCGACCGUGCGAAAAGUGCGCAUCGCUCAAUCUCAGCAUCGAAAAAUUCGUCAUUGAGGACGACAAAGCAGCAGAGAUACGUCCGUCGCUUGAUUCUUUGCGAUUGGCUAAUGAAAGGUUUCGCCUGGGAACUCUUGACAGCAUUACUGAGAGAGCAGGAGCUUGCCCUCUCUGCCGCCUCGUGGUGAACUCCAUCGCGAAGGACUUCUUGAGGGAUGUCGAUGCUACUAAGGCAAUAUGCCAUCUCACAUGGGAGAUGGACGGCCGCCUUUCCGUUGACCCCAGACGCGCACUGGGAGAGAAGCGAACCCGCCGACUGAGAGUUACAUGGAGCGAUGCAUCACUCAAGGCCUUCGAGUCCUACCUGGUGUUAGCAGCACCAAUUAAGUACGCCAAUUCCGAUCUCGACUACCCUAAGCAGUUGAACAAGGAGACGCAAUUCCUCGGUCGCCGCUUCGGUGCAACAGAGAACAAGAAAAACCUCAUCCGCGAAUUCGUGAGGUUAUGCGAAACGAACCACGACCGUCGAUGCACCCAAAAGAUUGGCAUCGAGAACCCAUUCCUUGAGACGUUGAUGGAACCAUACUUCGGCGUCAUCGAUAUCGAGAACGAUCGCCUUGUUCCUUUGCCGUUCGAGGAGACGGAUGAGCGUCUUGAAUUCGAAGCAUAUGCGGCUGUGAGCUAUGUUUGGGGAGAUACAGGUAGUAUGGAUUACCGGACAAAAAUUGAGAACAUACAAAGUCGGCGGAAGUCCGGUGGUCUGGCUGCCACUAUACGGAAGCUUCCGAAAGCUCUCGCGCAAAGCAUUCGUCUGGUGCAUGACCUGGGGAUCAAGUAUGUUUGGAUUGAUGCAUUGUGCAUAGUGCAGGAUAGUAGCCACUCUUGGAAUCUCAAUGCAAGAGCCAUGCAUCUCAUAUACGGAAACGCGAUGCUCACAAUCUGCGCUGCAGAUGGUGAGUCGCAGACGGGUUUGCUGGCCCUGGAUGAAGAUCAACGGCCUCAGCAGCAGAUCGGAGUUUAUGCGGAGGGUGUGCAUUUGAUCUUGCACCAGCCACCUGAGAUCAGCAUCCAGACGUCCAAGUGGAACAAACGCGCUUGGACGUUCCAAGAACGACUGCUCUCCAAACGUUGCUUAAUCUUUACCAGAGGUCAGAUUUACUUUCAAUGUCGCUCUACUGGUAUGUCAGAAGAUAUCUUCGCGGACGGGAAGGGUAGAGGAUGGUCGCUGGACUUGGUACAAGCUCCUCUCCAGAUGCUCACCGAGCUCAAGCAACGUGGCAUGUGGUUCUAUGCCCACUGCGUAUAUUUAUACACAUUGCGCGAGCUUUACGAACCGCUGGAUAUCCUGGCAGCGUUCAGUGGAAUGUGCAAGUUGAUGGAGGGCACCAUGCAGGCGCCCUUCGCUUUCGGGCUUCCAACAUCGCAUUUCGAUCUCGCCCUUUUGUGGGAACCCGUCGACCUCUUGGCUCUACUAGACUACAAACGGGUGUCGGAAGAACCAAAGUACAAAGACAUCAAAUUCCCCAGCUGGUCGUGGUGUGGGUGGAAGAGCGAUGGAAUUCAGUACAAACCGCAGAUGGUCGAUGGGUGUCUCUCCGAUGUCCAGGCUUGGCUGCUAGGCCACACAUGGAUUGACUGGCAUAUUCGAGAUGGCCACGGAACACUUCGUCGCCUUUGGGACAGAGAAUGUUCCAUCACAGAUCGGAGUACUGACGAUAAAUGGAGAGGGUACAAGGCACCUGUACGACCGGCAGACGAGCCUACCAUUCCUGCGGCUGACGGGAGCGAUGAACAGAGCAGUACCGACUCUACUUCCACUGCGACCAAGCAUGCGAGGAUAAAAAAGAAACGAUAUUCGACGGGUACUUUCAAUCGUCGAAGCUCAAGCAGCUUUAGCAAGAAAGAGGUGGAGCGCAUGAAAAAGACCCACAAACGAAUGUCCGAGGAAGCAGCCGAACGCGAAGCCUAUGAUAGUUACGGUCGGCCGUUGACAGGAAGUCCACUGGAUGGAAUACAAUACCGAAAACAACUGGAGUUCCGGCUGACCUUGCCCGAAGAUCCGUAUCACGUUAGGGUCUCGGAUUCUAACCAACCCGCCGAGGGUCUCAAAGAGUUUCCAGACCAGCCAUUCCUGCAGUUCUAUACUUGGCGGGCCUCUUUUCACGUCGUACGAUCUAAUGAGUCCGACUUCGAGGGCGAAGAUGUCGGAGCAACAAGAGCUCGCUGCCAUAUCACAGACCGGAGGGGCGAUAAAUGCGGGUCCAUCAUCGUCAACAAAGAAUGGCUGGAAAAGUACGAAGCCAUUGGUCAGACUACAUUCGAGUUUAUUGCCAUUUCCGACGCCAGAUCGUUCAGUCAACAGGAGUUUCCGGUUUGGACGUAUUAUUUGCCGAAGGAGAGAGUUGAUUCUGAGUGGGAUUUGUACUUCGUACUCUUGGUGGAGCCGUUCCCAAAGGAAGGCAUCCAUCGUCGUGUAGCUCUCGGCAAGGUCUUCAAGGCGGCGUUCACGCUCUCAGACGACGAGUGGAAGGAGAUCAUUCUAGGGUAG